UAAAACUGAGCAGAAAACAACUCUUCCUGUUGCAUUUCUUACUCUCCGAUUUCCCACAGCUUGCAGCUGCUCCUGUGACUUUUUGUCUCCGGUUUCCGAUCUGUGCUGUAGAAUUAUCAUUCAGCGGGAUGAACAACAAACCCCUCGCUGAUAAGAUGCAGGCCAGGAUGGAGAAGGCGAAGGAAAUGAGUGACAAGGACAAGCUGUACAGAUUCAAAGGGGUUUUGUACCCGACCCUCAUGUGUCCCGAGGAACAUUUAAAGUGUCUGGAUGACAUUAAGGUCAGAGAGGACGACAUCAUGCUGGUGGCGUAUCCCAAAUGUGGCUUUAACUGGAUGGUUGGUGUCAUGAAGAAGAUCAUUGCAGAAGCCACCCAGAUGAAAAAUGAAUCCAAGAUGCCCCCCCUGAUCGAGUUUUGUGGACCAGAAGUCUUGAAGGCCAUGAAUGAGGCUCCAUCUCCAAGGUUUCUGGGGACUCACCUUCAUCCAGACAACAUGCCCGCCUCCUUCAACGAGAAGAAAACAAAGAUGGUGGUGGUCUUCAGGAACCCAAAGGACACCUUGGUCUCCUACUAUCAUUUCUGCAACAACAACCCGGUCCUGCCGUCUGUGGAGUCCUGGGAUUCUUUCUUCUCCCAGUUCAUGAAAGGAGACGUUGCCUGGGGUUCGUACUUUGAUCACGCCUUGGCCUGGAACAAGAAGAUGGACGACCCCAACGUCAUGGUGGUCACCUAUGAGAACUUGAAACAGGAUCUCAGCGCAGGUAUCCAUCAGAUAUCCAGCUUCAUUGGCUUCAGUCUGACAGACAAUCAGGUGCAGCAGAUUGCAGGAGCGAGCACCUUCAGUGCCAUGAAGGAGAGCUCAGUCAACUCCCACGGCAACAUGGGAAAUGUCAUCUUCAGGAAAGGGGAGGUUGGAGACUGGAAGAACCAUUUUACUCCAGAACAGAGCAGAGAGAUGGACGAAGCUUUCAACAAACACCUGGCAGGAACGAAUCUGGGAGCCAAACUGGACUACCAGCGUCACUGUCAGUAGAAAAAAAAAGAUUGAAAGAGGAACAACAAGAGGGGAGCGAUGGAGAAGAAGAGCUGCAGGGGCUGAAGAAGGCAUCAACACGUAACUACGAAUUCAACUACGGAUUUACUCUGAACUUGUACAGGCUGCUGGUGCCUGACAGACGCAGCUCAGGGCAUAACCCUUACUACAGCACAAGGGAAAAUAAGGACAAAGGGAACAUUUGGUUAUGAUAACUUUUUUUGAUGUGGAUAUAUUAAAAAUAAGGUUUGAUAUUUAUGAUGCCAUAUAAGCAGCUUAACAAUAAGUGAAAUAAGUGAACUUUAAGUUAACUUUAAUGAUGAUGUGUGAGCAGCAAUCAGGGAGCCACAUGCAAACAUAUCAGCUGAAAUAAAUUUGUCACAAAAUGUAAGAAACUGAAAAUAAAAACAGAAACUUUUUUUCUUUAUCAAAACUUCACUAAUCAAAUUUAAUUUUGUCUUUAGUACCUUUAAAUACUAAAUCACAAGUUUUUUGAUGGUUUUUUUUUUUGCCUGUAUUGAUCUUUUUUAUGUUUCUUGGGUAAAUUUUCCACAAAGGAUGAUUAAUUCAAGUUUUAAAUCAUUGUGGUGCUGUUCCUCAGUAAACACUCUAAAGUCAUGUUAAAUAAAAUUCUAACAUUUGUGCA